UCAUAUGACUUCCUCUCACUCACAGUUCUCCACUCUCAUGUGCUAUAAGCACGGAACUGCCCGGCUUUUGUUUCAUAUUUAAUAUAAGAUUAUCAGAUCUUUUCUACUGUGUUUUCAGGACUGCUGGUUGUCUUUGGAUUGUUAUAUUUCACUUUGGGUUUAAAAUGCUUCGUCGAAAACCUUCAAAUGCUUCAGAGAAGGAGCAGGUGCAGAAGAAGAAGUUGACUCUGCAAAGAUCAAGCAGCUUCAAGGAUUUCAUAAAGUCGAAGCCAACAUCUCCAGUGGUGACCGACAAAGAAUUUACAUUGACAGAAUCAACUCUAGAGGCAGAUGGGCCUUCCCCAACAACUGAAGAGGGUGGCAAAAGUGGAGGAAAGCUGGGAAAGAAGUGGAGAGCUGUAAUCUCCAGGACAAUGAACCGCAAGAUGGGGAAAAUGGUACAGAAAGCACUGGCAGAAGAAGGGAUGGACAGUGGAGAUGAUGGCUCCAUGUCUCCCAUGUCUUUUGAUGAUAUCCCAGAUGGACGGAUCGGAGAGAGGACUUCUCAGUGCUCUUUUGAGUCAGACGAACAAAUUCACAGCCCUUUGAUGCGUCAGCUUUCUGGAUGUGGUGACAGACAAAGUCUGGAUAGCGGAUAUAGCAACCGGGACAGCAUGCGACUUGAAGAUUCCACUCCUCCUUAUACUGGACCUUUCUGUGGCAGAGCACGGGUGCACACUGAUUUCACGCCCAGCCCCUAUGACAACGACUCUCUGAAACUCAGGAAAGGAGACAUAAUUAAGAUAAUUGAGAAGCCCCCGGUUGGAACCUGGACUGGCAUGCUGAACAACAAAGUCGGAUCUUUCAAGUUUAUUUAUGUUGACAUUUUGCCGGAGGAAUCCACCCCUCCUAGGCGAAAGAGAUGCCGCAGCAAAAACAAGAAGCUUAAGCCAAAAACGUUGGAGGAGGUCCUUGAGAAUAUCGAUCUGACGGAGGUUAUCCCCCUUUUUUCAAUGCAUGGCUUUGAGAGUCUGGAAGAUUUUAAAGAGCUGAGAGAGUCCCAUCUGAAUGAGCUCAAUAUCACAGAUCCAGAACACCGGUCUAAAUUGCUGACAGCAGCUGAGCAUCUCCUGGAAUAUGACAGUGAAAGUGAAAGUGAUGAGGCGGGUGAGGAAAAUGACUCCCAGGACUCUGAGCAGAAAGCAGACAUCCCUCGUGACUCAGGCUGCUUUGAAAGCUCUGAGAAUCUGGAGAACGGACUCGGUGGCAUAACUGAGCAGCUGCAGGAACUGGAGGUGGACGACGCUUCCUGAAGGUAGAACGAAGAAGCCAAAGAAACCGUCCCUCCAACAAAAAACAGAUGAAGUGGAAAUGGAGAGACAGUCCAAAUGAAUCCCAGAGGUUUAAUUAUCAUCUUUUUAUUUGAUUUAAAAUACAAUUGAGAAAAGAGAAAAAAAUGGUAUGUACUGGUUUAUGAUAUACCUCACCAUGAGCCUUGGAUUAAAAAGACUUACUUGGCAUCUAAACUAUCUGGCAAACACUUCUAAAAGAAACGGCCCAGAAUGGAUCUUUAACAGCAAAAGACCUACAUUUUACUUCAAGAAAUCCACAUAUUCACUUUGAAAAUAACUUAUUGUAAAUAAUAUUACAAAAAGGCUUAUUUUUCCUGAAAAAUAUAAUAAGAAUUUAAAGGGCACAACAUGAUGACACUGAAUGCCAACCAUGAAGAAGGAUAAUGGCAAGUCUAAAGAGUAAUAAAUAGUAAUAAAAAAAUGGGAGUUCAAAAACCCCUUUCUGGUUCCAACCACCUUUGCUUUUUUAGUUAAAAGUAAAAGGGCAGAAGACUUGAUCAAACUUGCAACAAAAGCACAUGAUGAGUUGAAGGACUGUUGUGCCUUUGAAUUAUUAAAAUUAGUUUCAGUGGAAUGAAUGAGCAUGUAGAACAGGUGACAGAGUGAAGUGAGCACAGGCACAGCUAAGGCUGCUUUUAUAUUCGUAGACAUUGUAUUACAAACUAUACAGGAGCUGAAACCUUAUCUCAAAAAAUAAAGGUACAAACCAGUCCAGCUUCAUGUUUCAGUGGUUAAACCAAUGGUUCCCAGACCUGUGCUUGUGAGGAUACUCCUGAGGGUUGUGUCGUGGGUAAAAUAUUCUGGAGUUGUAAGGCAAUUUGUGCACUGAUAGAAUUUUUAAGAUCUUAAUGAAAUUAGAAUAGCUGUGAAUAAUAGAUCAUCCAUUUAUACAGUCCACUUAAUGUCAGAGUCCAUUCAUGUCCAAUACACAUGCCUGCUGUUAAGUAGCACUCUUAUCUAUAUUCAAUAUUAGUAUGGUCAUUUUAGAGCUUUGGGCUUGUUUAUUGAUCACAUGAUUUUUAUUCAUUAGAUGUUUUUCAUUUAAAUGGUUUCAUUUUUAUUCAUUCGUAACGUUUCUAAUGAGUUUUAUCAUUGGAAUUUAUUUUUAUUAUUAUAUUCUUUUGCCAGCAUUUCUUUUGUAUUCUGAUUCAUUCAAGAAUGUGAAACUAUAAAAAGAAUUUUUCAUGCAGUAUGUAAGAAAUUUUAUUUUCAGACUUUAAGUAAAGGUUGCACAAAAAAUGAAGCGGUAUCACGAUCAGAGUUGGAGUAGUUACUCACUGACAGUACUCCUUUACAAAUCACUGAUUAAUCCUCGCAAAUUGUAAUAUAACUUUACAUUAUUACAUCUUGGUAAAAGUAACUGCAUUACCAAUUACAUUAUGGUACUCUGUAGAUCCCUAAAAAUGCAGCAUGCACCAAUUAGAAAGUGCCAGGAUGACUCAUUAUUUCCUCUUUAUCAAUUUAUGUAGUCUUUUUUAUCAAUUAUUCAGUCUUUUUGUAGGGAGGAAAUAAUAAUAAUAGUGAGCAUGCGUUCAUCAGUUCAACAAAUAAACUUCAUGACCUAAAUCGGAGCUGUGCCACUUCAAACAUAUGGACCAGGCAGCAGAGGUCUUUAGUUCACAAUAAAUAAAACUGAUUUAACUGACCAAACUCUUGCACCCAGGGAGUUGGUAAAUGGUAAGUAGCCCAGCAGAUGAGUGCACAUACUGACUGGCUGGGCCAGUGGCCUGCAGUGUCAAUUGUUUUACACAAGAACCAUGGCUGUGUCUCCCAUCUCACUGGUCUUUACAGUAUCAAGAGGGCAUGUGAAGAUGAAAAAGAAAGUCACAUUUUGUUAUUAUCUAGCUAUCUUACAUUCAUUAACAAUUAAGGUAAUCAACCUUAUUUGUUCACAGUUUUCUCAAUUUUCGUGGGAGCAUUGAAGAGAUGUGACCAAAAAAACACUCAAAAUGAAUAUCAGGAUAAAGUGCUACAUUUUAAAAGACACAAGAAACUUAAGCACUUUCAUUUAAGUAUCAAAGAUUGUUUUCUAAUUCCUCAUAUGCUUUUAUCAAAAGACUGUACAGCACAAGGAACAAAAAAGCCUAAUGUAGCUAAUAUCACACAUUUAACUGUAAAGUUCCCAGAUAGACGCAACAAUUGUCUUAACUAAGUUUUCCUUAAGAAAAGGAAUUUUAAUUAUAUUCUUGCAAUGCAUUGUAAAAGUGAUUUUAUACUUUAAUGUUUAUUAAUAAGGUAACAUCAAUUACCAAGUAAUGUCAUAAUACACAUCUCUGAUACAGAUCUGGAAGCAUAAGAAAAUUCAAUAUGUGUCUGUAUGAAAAUAAUGCAAAAAUCGACCAGACAGCCACACUCGUCUCUUCCAACAUUGUGUGUUAAAUGGAAUGCCUGCCCUUCAAGACAUUAAUGAUGUUAAAAUAUUAUUUACUUAGAAACUUAUGUAACACAAGUAAGAAAUCCUAGUUAAAUCGGUAACUGUAAUGUGACUGCAAGAAUGUAAAGAGUAACAUGUUGCGGUACUUCACUAUGGGAAAAUGAAUUUAGAUUAUAGUAACCAUUACUUUGGGUCAUUUUAUCAUCAACUCUGACCAUGAUAGGCUCUGAAAAAAUCUGUGUGUAAUAGAUUCUCAUUUGCAUGUAAUCUGUCCAGUUAAAAUCUCUUUGAAAAACAAAAAAGUAAUUCAUUCAGUAAAACCAGCUGAGCAAACACACGAUCAUAAUGACUGGUGGUGUUCAUAUUAGUGUCUCAGAUCCCCAGACUUGGACAAGAUUGUAUUCCGGGUCACCACCAGAAACAUUUGGGAACCACUGGGCUAAAUCUGGCCUCUUCAGUCUUGUUAGGUCAAGCUCCACCUACACAGCCAUUAAAGAGACCCAUUCUCCUGGUCAGGCUGUCACGUCUGCCCGCAGUACAGUACAGCUGGUGGCACUGGGACUGUAAGGUUUGCUUCAGAGUGCGUAUCUUCACUGUAUGAACCACUGGAAUGAGUAUCAUGGCAUUUAUGUACAGUAUAUUUAGUCUGCUGUACAAAGUCUUUUCAAAUAUUAUACUGUAUCUGCAGUUACUUUUUAUUAUUGUUUAUUUUGAAUGUAUAUUUUUGCCUAUUUUGUUAGAAGAGAAAUCGACGUGAUUAUUGGUUUGCUCUUGUUUCUAGUUUGUUGAAUUUUUUUUUUAUGUUUUUGUUGUUUUUGAAUGUACAAAAAAGUGAAAAGGUCUUAGUUGUAAAAUAAAAUUGUCGAAGAAC